AUUAGCGUUAGAGAGGCGCGAGGGAAAGAUACUUUUAGCCACGCAGCGUUAUACGACGUCGCGGCGCCCGGUAUCAGUAGUCGCGUACCUUGGACCACUUGUACCUUGUCAAUUUUUGAAUAUGUGGUUACUUAGUUGAUGAACAGCUGAAUCUGUCUGCAUUGCCGCCGGGAAAUUAGUUGCCAAACAAUUUUAGGCAUUGAACUUAUUUGAAAAAUAAAAUAGUUUGUUUAUAUUUGUAAAUGUUGAUGACGCGGGAAUAUAAGAGGCAAAGUAAUUGUCGGUGGUCAUGGCGGAACAAUUUAUCGGUAAAAAACGUUUUCGUCGAAACAGUAGUGAUUCUCAUUUAAGUGGAUUUACAAGAGGAAAACGUUCGAACUCUAAGGAUCGAUCUAAAAGAACAAAUAAACCUGUCAAAGAGCGAUGGUUACUAACUCGAAAGACAUGGCGCUAUAUGGCAGAUGCAAGUCGUAGAUUGAUUCCUGAAGGAAGUUAUCAUCGGCCUGAGGAUAUACCGAAAAUAGAACAAUAUUUUCAGGAGGUUUGUCAAAAGGAACCGAAAUUUUUAUUAUGGAGAAAAUCAUCUUAUCCUGGAGCUCAAGGAUUCAGAACACAUUAUAAAAGAAGACUGAUAAAAGGAGGAAGUGUUCGAUUGAAAGCAAGUUCCGCUGAUGAAAUUGAUGUUUCAAGAACAAUUACUAGGGACUCUGAUAAAUUAAAAAAAGAAUAUAGUUUACCUCCUUCUAAUGAGAGAGAAAAAUUUUCUCUUUUAUCAAAGGGACCACAAGUAUCACAGGAAGAUGUAGAAUCAAAAUCUCUAGCUGAUAUGCUCCAAAAGUAUCUAAGUCUGAGAGGAGAAACAUCUUGUGAGACAAGAUCUUCAACACAAUCUAAUAUUUCGACAGAUUCUGAAGAGAAAAAGAAACCUCUCGAUUAUCAGAGUCUUACAGGCAAAUUACAACAAUAUUUGGAUCAAAUAAUGACAGAAAAUCAACAAGAGGAAUUAAGCUCAAGUACUAGUCAUACUGUAAGCAGAAGUGCUUCUAGGACGAUGGUUCCUUAUCAAAGUGACUAUGUCCAUAAGUCUUUAUUAGAAACGCUUAAUCGUUAUUAUAAUAAGUCUUCAAAUCGUGAACACGUAAUAUCCAAUAUUCUCACAGAUAGAAAGCUUCUUGAAAAGUUAUAUUUUGAUUUAAGGUGUACCAGAGGAUUUAAAAGAUCACGUGGAACUGGUGUUUACACUUCUCCUUCUUCUUCUAAUUGGUGUAGUAAUUCACAAUAUCGAACUUCUGAAGGAGAUAAAUGGAGUAAAGUUUCAGAAAAUAGACAAUCUACAUUGCCUCGGAUAUCAGUGCAACAAUCCAGCAAAGAAAAAGAAACCAUAAACGUAUUUAUUCAAACAGAUCCUGUUCCUUGGGAAGUGUUAGAAAAUCUAAUUCGUGAACGUGAUGCCGAAGAAAUUAAUCGAAAGGAGAUGCGUAAACCAACAGAAUCUCGAAGAAGUAGUGUUGAUAAUGAUGAUGUUUCACCAUCAGUCAGUGAUACAAUUAAAAGAUAUCUUAGAAUGGCAAGAAAAAAAUCUGUUGAUGUUACAAAAACUGACAGAUUCAAAAGAAUUAAUUAUGAUCGCAAUUUAAGGAAUAUUAAAGCUAAAGGAGAAAUUGGAAUGCCUAGCGAUGAUGAUGAAAAUAACAAAGGUUGUCAGACUGAAGAGAAUUGGAUUACAAGCUUUCGGGAUUUAAUUUCUGAAGGUGAUUGUCCUUAUACAGAAUCUACGACUUCACCUGAUAGUAGAAAUGCCAGUUCAAGGAGUAGUAUUGAUGCUGGUCUCAGUUCUGAAGAGGUAUCUCUGUCUCCUAAACAUCAGCAAUCUUUUUUAUUCAAUUUCCUACAUAAAGAUAAGUCUCACUCGGUGCCAAGUUCUUCAUCACUUCUUUCAUCCACAUCAUCAAAUGGUACAACAAUGCAAAAGAGUAAGUCUUCAAGUAGCAUUCUCCACCAUGGAAAUAAAUUGGUGACGAAAAAAAUUUGGCCUUCCAGAAGUAAAAGCUCUUCUAGACUUCAUAAUCAACCAUCUGUAUGGACUCCUCAGGGAAAAUGUACUUGGGCUGGUGCAGCAGGUCGUCGUGUCACUUUAUUAGACACACAUCUCCGUGAUUUAUCAGAUAUCGAAAGGAAAGUUCUUUGCCGUAUUGCUGUUGCAAAAUUACAGGCCUUAAAUCUUGGUGUUCAUAUCAGGCUUCCCACAGAAACACAAGCACGCACUUCAAUCCCAAUGAGACCAAAGAGAAGAGUAAAUUUGUUGAAGAAAAAAAGUCUCAAAACAAGUCUCUUUGACAAGACAAAUGAAGAAAAAGAAUCGAGAGGAGGCCUUGUUUUUGGGAUUCCCCUUUCACAAUGUUUGGAAAAUGACAGAAUAGCAAAAAUAAAUUCCGAAAAAUCAUCAAUUUCUGGAUGUAUAAAUAAAGCAGAUAAAUACGGAAGUAGAGUUAGUUUCACUAGUGUGGCAGAAGCUUCUAAUGCAACUUCUGAAAAAUCCGAAGAUGAAGGAUCUUGUGAAUCUUUGAUGGAAUCAAGCGACAGUGGAGUUGAUGGGACGUUAGCUGAUGAUUUAGAUGUUGUACCUGUAUUAGUUCGUCAAUGCAUUAGUCAUUUAGAAAAAGUAGGCCUUCAUACACUUGGUUUAUUUCGGGUUUCGUCAUCAAAAAAAAGAGUUCGUGAGUUACGAGAAGAAUUUGACAGUGGUCGAGAGACAAAAAUCGGAUCAGAUCAGUGCCCUCAUGAUGUUGCUGCUCUUUUGAAGGAAUAUUUACGCGAUCUGCCUGAUCCUUUACUUUGUCGAGACCUAUAUCAAGCAUUCGUUCAUACACAAAAAAUUCGAAAUAGACGUUUACAACAAGAGGCCCUUCAACAUCUUAUUCAAUUGCUUCCAACACCAAAUCGUGAAACUCUUUGGUUAUUACUCAAUUUUUUAAAUCGAGUCGCUCAACACAGUGAAAAUCAGAAGAAUGAAACAGGAGAAUGUAUAUUGGGUAACAAAAUGGAUGUAGUUAAUCUUGCAACUAUUUUUGCUCCAAACAUUUUGCACUGUGUCAAGCCUGGACAAACAAGAUCUGAAGUUUUCAUUGAAAGAGCAGAAGAAAGAAUAGAUGUCAUUAAUGUUGUUCGUUCUUUAUUAGAAAAUACAUCAAUUAUUUUCACAGUACCCGCUGCUCUUUUAGAUGAAUUAUAUUUACAUAUGAUGGACAGUCAUUCAAUGGAACUAGAUCUCGUCCUAGCACUGCGAUUCGAAAUGCAAUGCGUCGAUGAAGACUUAUAUCCUUCAAGUGAAGCAGAAACUUCAGCAGAAAACUCACCAAGAAUGAACAAAAUUGGAUUAAAAGAACAAUGUCAAAAAAUUGUAAGUGAUACAAAAUUAAGUUCACAACGGCUAAAAAAACUUGACAGUCAUACGACAGGAGGAAGAAAAACAAGUGUUGACAGCGGAUCAAGCGAAGAUCAUUUGGACGUUAAGAAACAUUCACCACAAACUGUUAUAACAGCUAGCCUUACAAUACCCAUGUCUAGUGCGUUAAACUUAAAUAUAAACAAUCUGGACAUUCCUUACGUUGAAGAAGCACAACCAAAAGAUCACCAAUGCAUACAAGCGAAAAAACAAAAGCAGCCUUUAAUUUAAUUUCAAGAACAAAAUUCUUCUUGAAUUUAACACAAUUUUUAAACAGCCAUCUACUAAAAGUGAAUAAAACAAAUUAUAUUUUUAUGCUAUUAAAUAAAAA